AUGCUAAGUCCUGGUGACGAGAUACUAUUAAGCCUGUCUGUUUGCAAUAAGCCAAUGAUUCUCGGACUAUUUGACACAGCAGGACAGGAGGACUACGAUCGUCUGCGCGUGCUGGCCUACCCGGAUACAGACGUGUUUGUCGUCUGCUUCUCCGUCAUGAGUCCCGCGUCUUUCGAAAACGUGGAGAAGAAAUGGAGGCCGGAAGUUCACCACUACGGCGAGCAGACGCCGUUCAUCCUCGUGGGUACGCAGGUGGAUCUCAGAGACAAUUACUUUGAGCUACAACGUCUGCAAAAGAACCGACAGAAACCGGUCAGUUACGAGAUGGGGCUGCGUCUGGCGAACCGCGUGGGAGCGAACUGUUACGUAGAGUGCUCCGCGCUCACUCAGAAAGGGCUUAAGGCCGUGUUCGAUAAUGCAAUUCUAGCUGUGAUAAAUCCGCAACCCGGGUCGCGAAGGACGCGGAAGAAAACAACGUACUUGUGCAAGAUUUUAUGAGGAACCACCGUAUUUGUGUUAAUACUAAGAGCGGUCGUUGUAUUUUUGCUCACCUGAGCACGCAGUGUUUAUCUUAAUAUCGUGUGAACGUAUUUUCCCGUCGCUCGCGUGUGAGCUAACAGUUUAAUUCAAACUACAUUUAUAACGGUUCAUAUGAACUUUCACAUGAAUGAUCAUUCGUUCAGUCUCUUUCAGACUUACCAAAAUUGUGUCGGUUUGCUGUGUUCUGAAACAAUCAGAGCUACAAACUAUGUAAAAAUUGAACACACUAGCUUAUAAGCGCGAGCAACAGGUCCUAAUAUUUGACAUCUGAUGCCAAUUUGUGGACCUCUCCUGGGUGUUCACAAAUUACCGCCAUUUGAUUUAAGACUGGCUACGCCCAAGUAAAAUAUUCUUCAUAAAGACUUAAAUAAAUAGCACAGCAACGUAUAAAUACGGAUUUGCAAGACCAAGUUUUGAAUAUCCAGGUGAGCUCUAUGGCCGUCGCAGGGACCAUCUUGUUAAUGAGUGUAAUUAUUUUUAUUAUUUAUAAUUUAUAAGUGCAAUACAUAUUUCGACUACAACUGAUGAAAUCGACGUAGCAAAUGAAAAUGCAGACAUUCAUCGCUUUUGUCGUAAUAUCAAUUUGUUGUAGAGUUACUGUCGUCAUGUUUGACAAACUAUUUUUAAAAAGUCGGAAG